AUGCUCAGCUUCACCUUUGCCCUUCGCCUCUCGUCGAAACAGCUCUCGCAUGGCUUGCUCCCCACGCACACACGCAAGCAGAGCUUCCGGCAGUCGAAGACGGCCCUGCAGAUGAGUCGACUGCGCUCGCAGACGCAAUGGGAAAACUUCAAACUUCAACAGGAGCUGAAUCAGGAGUUUGGCGCGCGUCAGCACACCUUUGCGCAAGGACGGCGCUCAAUGCAGCGUGCCGCUGAGGAUCUCAUGUACGACCGUGCUUACCGUGUCGAGCGGCGCGACCGCAGGGCAGGACAGGUCUACCGCACUACCAAAGACCGCGCUGCGGAGAUGGCAACGGCGCGACAGCUUCUCCAGAUGCAGGAGGGCACGCGGAGGCUCAUGAAGAAGGGCCGCACGCAGCGUACCGAGUCUUUCCGCGCGCAGAAGCAAUGGAACCGCUGA